AUGGAAAUCAACUCCAACGAGGAAUGUCCCAUUUGGUUCACGGAGGAUUGCGCAGAGAACCGCUAUACGAUCAAGCAUCGGAAAUACCGCGACCUGGACCGACCUGAUCAUGUUGCACGUCAACACCAGCUGGAUGCCCAAAUGCCGUUGAAAGCCUGCUGGAAGUACUAUCAGCAACUAUUGGAUGAUCAGAGGUCUGUAAUCAGAUCUGAAGACGACGAAAAAGCCUUUCUGUACGGCCUAGAGCGAUUUCCUCAGCUUGAAAGAGUGACUGUUACGCCUGCAGCACAUGGCUGGCUGUUUACUCCGCUGUACGAGACACCUAUGAUCCGACAAUUUCCCCACGGAUUCAACUAUCCGAUUCCGCGAGGAUGGCACUAUGAUCCCGUUGAUUGUCAGGUCGCCGAGCCGCUACCGUGGUCAGAGGCAACCGAUGACUACAAAGAGCUAUGGAGAGGGGCUCAAAUCGUUCUUCGCCUUUUGUAA